AUGGCUUCCAAAAUAAUUGUGGUUGGUGGUGUGAACUGUGAGCUGCGGGAGGUGUUCACCAAACUCGCCAAAUUACAAGUGAAGCAGAAUUUCUCCUUCGCGAUUGUUGCGGGUGACCUUUUCGGGGAUUGUUCGACAGAGCACGAACUGGAUGAGAUCGCGGCUCUGUUGCAGGGGAAUAUCAAUGUCCCACUGCCAACGUACUUUGGGCUGGGUAGCCGGCCUCUCCCCACGAGGAUAGUCGAAAGGAUCGAGGAGAAUGACGAAGUCUGUCCCAAUCUGUACUUCUUGGGCAAGCGGGGCACCCUAAAAACAGCAGAAGGGAUCCGCCUCGUUGCCCUGGGUGGUAAUCUCGAGACCGAGGAUAAAUCAACCAACAAGUACCAUCCUGGGUACACAGAAUCAGAUGCCAGGGCGCUGUACGGCGCGCACAGCGCGGACAUCCUCAUCACCCACCAAUGGCCCAAGGGGAUUCGAAUUGGGUCCAAUGUCCCCCUUCCAGACGAUGCCAAAGUACCCGAGGAAGUGCAAUGCGUUGCAGAUCUCUGCUCGACAUUAAAACCCCGAUACCACCUAUCGUCAUCUGACGGGUUCUUCUACGAACGCGAACCAUUCUUCCACAUGCCGUCCGAAGACAAUCCGGACGUCAAACCGCUCACCCGCUUCAUUAGCCUCGCCUCCUACAGCAAAACAUCCAAGCAGAAAUGGAUGUACGCCUUCACACUCGACCCCAAAGCUCCCCCACCGCUGACCAUCCCCGUCGGCGCAACCGCCACCCCUUUCGCCCCGAUCCAAGCCAAGCGCAAAGCCCUGCCACCCCAGCGAGACUCCUAUCGCCGCUUUGCAGUCGACGAUGACACACACCAGCGACCGCGCAAGCGCGCCCGGGCCCCACCCCCAGGUCCCGAGCAAUGCUUCUUCUGCCUCUCCAACCCCAACCUCGCAACCCACCUCAUCACCUCCAUCGGCAACGAAAGCUACCUCACCACAGCCAAGGGCCCCUUACCGACAUCGAAAACUUUCCCCGACCUCGGCUUCCCCGGCCACAUCCUCAUCAUCCCCUUCACACACACGCCGACCCUCAGCGCCAUCACCGACGAAUCCGCCCGCCACACCACCUACGACGAAAUGCACCGCUACCGCACUGCGCUCCACUCCAUGCUCGCGCGGCGCGCUCACAACACCCUCGGCGCCGUCACUUGGGAAGUCAGCCGCGCAAACGGCAUUCACGUGCACUGGCAGUUCCUGCCCGUGCCUGCGGACCUGAUUCGCCGCGGCCUCGUCGACGCGGCCUUUAAGGUCGAGGCCGAGAACCUUGCGUACCCAAAAUUCGAGCACCCGCAGUCCUCUGCAGACCCGAGCAGCGAGCCAGGCGAUUUCUUCCGUCUCUGGAUCUGGGAGCCUUCUUCUUCAUCUUCAUCGGAGUCGGGAGGAGACGGUACCGCCGGCACCGAGAAGACGCUGCUGCUUCCGCUGGGGGCGGAGUUCCGCUUCGACAUCCAGUUCGGCCGCCGCGUGAUGGCGAAACUGCUGGAGCUGGAGAAGCGCAUGAAUUGGAAGGAUGGGGUGCAGGCGCAGGAAGAGGAGGAGGCCGACGCUGCUGCGUUCAAGGAGGCGUUCAAGGAGUUUGAUUUCUCGUUGCAGGAAUAA